ACCCUAGGUUGUUACUUGUUACUCGUUACUCGUUACUUUCUCUCUCAUUAUUUGCUUCAACCCAGAUAAACGUCCUGCCUGCUUGUUGACUCCUCUGUUUCUCUCACCCCUUCCAAGUUUCAACCAUGGCUGGUGGCUUCCGAUGGGUUCGACCCGAGGUUUACCCUCUUUUUGUGGCAGUUGGUGCAGCUGUUGGAAUUUGUGGAUUUCAACUCAUCCGCAAUAUUUGCAUCAAUCCUGAAGUCAGGGUGAAUAAGGAAAGCCGAGCUGCUGGAAUAUUGGAGAACUUUGCUGAGGGAGAGAAAUACGCAGAGCAUUCACUUAGAAAAUUCGUGCGCUCCAAAAGCCCUGAAAUCAUGCCAUCUCUCAACAGAUUCUUCAGUGAUCCUCAGUGAAGUCUCCAAACCGUUUGCGUUAACUCUUGAGCUAUGUUAGUUCUUUGCUGCAAUUUGCUUCAUUGUUGCAUUCAGAAAUGCUGUUAGUAAUGUGAUAUAAAUGCUUAUAUACCGGAAUAGCAUUGAUGUUACUUGGUCCAUCUCUAUAUUUUUGAACUCAUUGAGUUAUUGAAAAACUUGUUUAACCCGUUAAGGGAGACUGUAAAUUUGAAACCUCCAAAACCUUAUUGCUUGUUGAAUAAUCCCUUGUAAGUUGUGAUUA